CCUCUGACCUUUACAAUGACAUUAAUGAGAACCAUGGACGGUCCAAAGGGAUCGUGUGAAGAGAGGCUAGCAGACAACUGCAAGUGCGAGGGAGAGGUCACUAUUCAGAGCAAGAGGCAUGGCAGGGGAGCCGUCGAAUCCGGUCUCACACACGAAUGUGGCGUUUUCGGUGCCAUCGGCACCGGGGAAUGGCCGACGCAGGUCGACGUGGGGCAAGUCAUCUGUUUGGGACUAGUCGCCCUUCAGCACAGAGGCCAGGAAUCGGCGGGCAUCGUGACGUCAGAGGGCAAGAGCGCCCGCACGUUCAACUCUCACAAGGGCAUGGGGCUCAUCAACAACAUAUUCAACGACGAAGCUAUGAAGAAGCUUAAGGGGAACCUCGGCAUUGGACACACUAGAUACUCGACAUCAGCGGCGUCUGAGGAGGUGAACUGCCAGCCGUUCGUAGUUCACACGGCGCACGGCGCCCUCGCCGUGGCACACAACGGCGAGCUCGUCAACUGCUCCAGUCUCAGGAAGAUGGUACUCGGCCGAGGUGUAGGUCUCUCCACACACUCGGACUCCGAGCUGAUUACACAGGCGCUGUGCCUCAACCCACCCGAGGGUGAAACCGACGGCCCGGACUGGCCGGCUAGGAUCAACCAGCUCAUGAGGUUGGCGCCCCUCAGUUACUCUCUGGUGAUAAUGCUGAAGGACAAAAUAUACGCCGUGAGGGAUCCUUACGGCAACCGGCCGCUCUGCCUCGGCAAGAUCCUGCCUCUGGGCUCCUCAUAUGCCUACAAAAACUCAUCAGAACGCCAUAACGAGGUUUUGAUGAAUGGUAGCGCGAAAAACGGUAUCGAUGACAAAGCGGAAGGUUGGGUCGUGUCGUCCGAGUCAUGCGGAUUCUUGUCCAUUGGCGCCAGAUACGUACGCGAAGUUCUCCCCGGCGAAAUAGUAGAGAUGUCCCGACACGGAGUCCGGACUGUGGACGUAGUGGAGCGCCCUGCGGACAAGCAGCAAGCCUUCUGCAUAUUCGAGUAUGUGUACUUCGCGCGAGCUGACUCCAUGUUCGAAGGUCAAAUGGUGUACUCUGCGCGUAUGCAGUGCGGCCGUAUGCUGGCCAGAGAGUCGCCAGUGGACGCCGACAUAGUAUCGUCCGUGCCUGAAUCCGGCACUGCUGCGGCGCACGGAUAUGCUAGACAGUCCGGUAUUCCCUUCAUGGAGGUCCUGUGCAAGAACCGCUACGUAGGCCGCACGUUCAUCCAGCCAUCCACCCGACUGCGCCAGCUAGGCGUAGCCAAGAAGUUCGGUGCGCUCUCAGAGAAUGUCUACGGCAAACGCAUUGUGCUCAUUGACGACUCCAUCGUGCGAGGGAACACCAUUGGACCUAUUAUCAAGCUGCUGAGAGACGCUGGGGCUGCUGAGGUGCACAUCAGAAUAGCGUCCCCGCCCCUAAAGUACCCGUGCUACAUGGGCAUCAACAUUCCCACGCGGGAGGAGCUCAUCGCCAACAAGAUGGAAGCGCCGAAGCUCGCCAAACAUGUCGGUGCCGACAGUCUCGAAUACCUAAGCGUGGAGGGUCUCGUGAGCGCGAUCCACUACAACAUGAAAUCGACGCCGAGUGACGGCGUGGGCGGCCAUUGCACGGCCUGCCUCACGGGCGACUAUCCUGGAGGGCUGCCCGAGGCCGACUGGUGAAUUUAGGGUAACCAUGUCUCUGAGCUCGAGCUUUCACUCUAUGUAGGGUAGGCGAAAGUCCAUUAAGCUAAACUAUGUGUCUGGUUGGAGGUAAAACCCGAUAAAUCGAGAUAAUUUUUCACUGAAAUAAGAACGUUGUGGAAAUUGCAUUAUACAUAGUACGAAAUUCGAGAACAAGUUUGCUCAUUAUCGGGUUUGAUCACUAACCCCUCGUUACUCGAUGCAGGGUAGGCGCCCGCGCUUGUGCUGCCGCUCAAGGGGUAACAAUGUGCUUGCGCGGCAAACUUCUAAUAUAGACAUGCCUCGGCGGAGGCAGUAAAACUCAUGUGCUGCCUUGGACGAGGCAUGUAUAAUAUACACAGCAUGUUUGCCUAGGAAAUUGCCUCGUGACAUGCCUCGCCUUGUAUGGACCCAGCUAUUAACCUAAACUAUGUGUCCGGAUUAUAACUCGAUGUAGGGGAUGGCCCAUCGUCCAAGACACUUUAAAAUUCUACAUUAUGAAGCCUACAUACAUUUCUUCAGUAAAUCUAUGGUAAAUAUAAUACUAUUUCCAAGUUUUCCAACACAUAUUUUAGCGUUAAAUGGACCAGAGCCUGUUCAAGAGACAAUACAAUAAGUACAACUAACUAUAACACAUUUACUGUUUCCUAAAAGUACAUAAUUUAACUAUUUUUGUACACAUUUUUCAUUUACACUGUGCCUUAUUUUUUACACUGUGCCUUAUAAACUUUUAAGUAUAAAGAUAGGGGUACACUAGGAGAAAAAAGUUUUGAGGUAUCGACAGUCGAGCAAUUUCGAUGGUCAUCUAAGGACCUUUAUUAUCUUACCUGACUUAUAUUAUAGACUAUACAUAAUACCGUAUUGUGCGAUGUUGCCAGACUUAUCAAGCACAGUCAAAAACGUCGCUACGACCUGCGUGCUACAAUUUUAUUGUCUCCUAGUUUAUCUCUGUCUUAACACGUAUUUUUAGAGUAAGAACCGUCGGCUGGUUUCGACUUAAAUGAAUAGACAUUAUUUCUUGUUGAUUCCAGUAAAAUUUUGUUAAAUGCAUUUGCUGCAAGUAUGAAACUUCUUUGUACUUCGUUUUUGAAACCUAAUAAAGGUGUAAACGACGUGGACGUGUAUUUUAGUUGGACAUAUUUUUUGUUAUACAUAUAUAACAAGCGUAAUAACUGUACUGUUGGCAUUUCCUGGAGUACCAUAAAAUGUUAGAGCCGUGCCCCGUGCCCGCACACGUCACGCAAACGAUGUACUGUACCGUCUCUCAUAAGGAUCCAUAUAUUACAUCGCACAUAAUGCACAACCAUUAGCCAGGUCCACACAGGCACGUCGCGAGGCAAUAUCCUCGCUCGGCAAAGGCAGUGCGUGCGCUUUGCUCGGCCGAGCAACCUGCCUCGGACGAGGCACGCCUACAUUGGACGUUAGCCACACGGGCACAUUGCCUAGCUCUGUGUGGACCUGGCUAUUGUCGAAAUCGAGUUAAUAAAGUUUUACUGUAAUAUAUUUUUGAAUAAUUUUAAUUAGUAUAAGGGUAAUUCUCAAAUGAUUCCUGUUUAUACAAUAAUUUACGUAAUAAUCUAAUAAUUUAGUUAUGUUUACAGAAUAUUUGUUGAUGUAAAAGUUUACACGCUAAGUUUAUCUCAAAUCAUGAGGCCUUAGGAAAUUUUGAAAUACAUACCUACACAUAUUAUUUUGUGCUUGAUUCUAGAACAUUUUGAGGUAUCCGGAUGUCACAGGCCUUUUUUAUCCUCUAUCGUAUGUGACUGUCAGAACAUUGUCAUAUAUAUAAUGCCUUAUCUUUAAUCAAUUGUUUUCUCAGACUUCUUGCUUGGUAACGCAUGUUGUGUAAUCUGUGUUCCUAUCCUUUAAGUUAUGCCUCAUUCACAGUGACAUCUUAUUUUUUUCCUUGUAUUGUAUAGUCUGUUUUACGAUCUUAGAAAACUCUCGAAUACUUAGAUCUGACACCGAAGUACAUGGAUUUUGUUUUUAAAACAUUGUAAUUAUAUUAUUGUGUAGUGUACCUAAACAAUGCUAAAAUUAUGGACCAUUGGAUUAUUUCAUUAUUAUUGUUGUCAAUUGUUAAGUAUAUUUUUUUUUCUCUUUUCUUUCUUUCAAAAUCACUUUGCUUCAAAAACGUAAAAUUUAUCGUAAAUCGAUUUUAGAAGAUAGAGUUUAAACGUAGACUUGCCAUGCCUUAGUUCUACUGGCAAUUUCUUUUUACAAUAAAGAUCGAUUGAACUGCAAACACUGACGCCAAUCUAUUAAAAUAAGCAAUAUAAAGUUUAUUGUGCGCAUCAGUCAAAAUGCUUAUUUAUUUGUUUUACUUCAUUUUGCGUCUUUGGCGUAUUGAUAUGUAUAAUUGUAUCUAGGCGUGUCCACACAGAGCGCGAGGCAACGUCCUUGCGUGGCAGCAAUUUUAGACGUGCCUCGGCCGAGGCAGAUUGCCCGGACAAAAACACGCACUCGCUCUGUUUGUACCCUAGUAUUGGCUACUUUACGUAGGUGUAUCUUUAUUUUAUUUCCAAUUCUAUAAAAUUGUUAAUAGAGUAUAAAUUGCGAUCAGUUGACAGUAGUUGUAAAUUAAGAACAUUCCACCCUAUCGGUAUAGAAUUAGUUGUUGUACGAACGUACAACUAUAUUAUCGAGAAUGAAUUAAAUCAUUUUAUUUUUAA